AUGACACCUUUCAUGAGCCUCGCCUUAUUUGUUGCCCUGUUCUUGCUCAACUCAGAUCGCAUUCAGAAAGCCAUUGAGAUAUGCAGCGAAUGUUUGAUUUUGCUAAAUGGCACCGAUCAAAACAGCAAAGACCAAUUUGAUUCAGCACUGCUACAAUUUUACAGCGACAUCUAUACCGUUCUUUUCAGCGCUUAUCGUCAUAUCUCUGACUACAUAAGUGCGGAAAGAUACGGAAGGAAACUGUUUGACUUAUACAGAGGGUAUGGAAUUAUGCUUUAUAAACUUGGCGAAAGCCUAAAAGCAAAGGAAUAUUUUGAGAGGGCCCUUGCCAUAUCAACCAAAAUUGGCGACAGAGAAGGGGAAGCAUUAUGUUAUGGAAACCUAGGUACUGUGUUUCUGUCCGUUAGCCAAUACGACAAGGCUGAAGAGUAUCUCCAAAAAGCGCUUGUCAUCAGAACUGAAAUUGGCGACAGAGGAGGGGAAGCAUCAUGUUAUGGAAACCUAGGUACUGUGUUUAAGUCGCUUGGCCAAUACGACAAGGCUAUAGAGUAUCUCCAAAAAGCGCUUGUCAUCAGAACUGAAAUUGGCGACAGGGAAGGAGAGGCAACUGGCUACGGAAACCUAGGAACUGUGUUUCAGUCACUCGGGCAAUACGACAACGCUAAAGAGUAUCUCCAAAAAGCGCUUGUCAUCACAACUGAAAUUGGCGACAGAAGAGGAGAAGCAUCAUGUUAUGGAAACCUGGGAACUGUGUUUCACUCGCUCGGGCAAUGCGACAAGGCUAUAGAGUAUCUCCAAAAAGCGCUUGUCAUCAAAUCUGAAAUUGGCGACAGAAAAGGAGAAGCAUCAUGCUAUGGAAACCUGGGAACUGUGUUUCACUCGCUCGGGCAAUGCGACAAGGCUAAAGAGUAUCUCAAAGAAGCACUUGUCAUCAAAUCUGAAAUAGGCGACAGAGAAGGAGAGGCAACUGACUGCGGAAACCUAGGAACUGUGUUUCAGUCGCUCGGGCAAUACGACAAUGCUAGAGAGUAUCUCGAAAAAGCGAUUGUCAUCAGAACUGAAAUUGACGACAGGUAAGGAGAGGCAACUGACUACGGAAACCUAGGAACUGUGUUUCAUUCUCUCGGGCAAUACGACAAGGCUGUAGAGUAUCUCCGAAAAGCGCUUGCCAUCAAAUCUAAAAUUGGCGACAGAGGAGGAGAAGCAUCAUGUUAUGGAAACAUAGGAGCUGUGUUUCAGUCGCUCGGGCAAUACGACAAGGCUUAAGAGUAUCUCCAAAAAGCGCUUGUCGUCACAACUGAAAUUGGCGACAGAAGAGGAGAAACAUCAUGUUAUGGAAACCUAGGAACUGUGUUUCAAUCGCUCGGGCAAUACGACAAGGCAAAAGAGUAUCUCCAAAAAGCGCUUGCCAUCAAAUCUGAAAUUGGCGACAGAAAAGGAGAAGCAUCAUGUUAUGGAAACCUAGGAGCUGUGUUUCAGUUGCUCGGGCAAUACCACAAGGCUAUAGAGUAUCUCGAAAAAGCGCUUGUCAUCAGAACUAAAAUUGACGACAGAGGAGGAGAGGCAACUGACUACGGAAAUCUUGGUACUGUGUUUCAGUCGCUUGGGCACUACGACGAGGCUAGAGAGUAUCUCCAAGAAGCCCUCGCUAUCAAUUCUGAAAUUGGCGACAGGAGAGGACAAGCAUCGUGUUAUGGAAACCUAGGAACUAUGUUUCAGUCGCUCGGGCAAUACGACAAGGCAAAAGAGUAUCUCCAAAAAGCGCUUGUCACCAGAGCUAAAAUUGGCGACAGAGAAGGAGAGGCAACUGACUACGGAAAUCUUGGUAUUGUGUUUCAGUCGCUUGGGCAAUACGACAAGGCUAAAGAGUAUCUCCAAGAAGCCCUCGCCAUCAUAACUGAAAUUGGUGACAGAAGAGGAGAAGCAUCAUGUUAUGGAAACCUGGGAACUGUGUUUCACUCUCGUGGGCAGUACGACAAGGUUAAAGAGCAUCUCCACAAAGCGCUCACUAUCAGAACUGAAAUUGGUGAUAAGGAAGGGGAGGCAGCAGAUCUUGCAAACCUUGGAGUUUUGUCUAGAACUGUUGGAGAUUAUGAAGCUUCGGAAGUAUGUUUGGAGAAAGCUUUAUCCAUAUCUAGAGAUAUUGGAGACAGAAGAAAAGAGUUCCAAUCCUUCAAGAGCACGCUAUUUUGUAUUUAUAUCAAAAUAAAAUCAAAGACUCCCUUUCGCGUCUUCAUCUAUGCAUUGAAAAGUAUGAGGAGCUAAGACAUUUCUUGGGCGCCAAUGAUCAAUUCAAAACAUCCUUUCUGGAGGACUCAGGAACAUUUACCCACAAGCUGCUUUGUAAUUUGCUUUGUGCCACCGGAAAUUCUCGGGAUGUUCUUUACGUUGAGGAGUUGAUUCGAGCUAGAGGCCUAUCAGACUCGAUGGUAGAGAAGUACUCGGUUGAGACGCACAUCUCUGCUAAUCCACAAUCUUGGUUUGGCAUUGAAGACAUCUCUAGAAAGGAAGAUAACUGUACUUGUCUGUACAUUUCAAUUUUUCAAAAUGAUUUGCAUUAGUGGAUCUUGAAAACAAGUGGAGUCCUUCACUUUAAAAGAAUAUCUGUGGAAGAGAAUCUAGUUCAGGCUGGGUUGCCCAAAGAUUUGCCUUUAAGUAAAUUUUUGGCAGAUUGUUUGCAACCUCUCUCCCCCGAGCAAAAGAGCUCAGCAAGAUUGCGACUCGUGGAGGAACACGAGGACGAGAACGAAGGAGUCGUUUCAAGACUAUCUUUGUGUUACAAAAUGUUUAUUGCCCCCGUUUAUAAUUUGUUUGAGGAGCCUGAAGUCAUAAUCGUCCCUGACCGCUGUUUGUACAAAGUUCCGUUUGCUGCUCUCCGUGAAAAGGAGGGGGCCGAAUACCUGUCGGAGACUCAAAGGAUCCGUGUCAUUCCUUCUUUGACAACACUCAAGAUCAUUCAAGAUAGUCCACAGGACUAUCACAGCAACACUGGUGCCUUGGUAAUAGGCAAUCCCAAGGUUGAUUGGCUGCUACCAUUGCCAGGUGCAAGAAAGGAAGCGGAGAUGGUCGGACGAUUGGUGGGUGUUCCGCCUCUGGUAGACGAGAAAGCAACGAAGCAGGCGGUACUUGAGCGGAUAAGUUCAGUGAGCCUGAUACAUUUUGCUGCGCAUUGUAACGCCGAGAGGGGAGAAAUUGCCCUUUCUCCCAUUCCUGCUCCUAUCGGUCGAAACGCUAUCCUACCACAGGAAGCUUACAUGUUGACGAUGGCUGAUGUCUCACGAGUAAAAAUCAGAGCUAAACUGGUGGUGCUUAGCUGCUCUCACAGUGGAAGUGGACAGAUGAGAGCCGAGGAAUUUAUAGGAAUUGCCCGCAAUUGUUCUUAG